UCCCCGGGGCGGAGGGAGCUGAGCCGAGCCRAGCCGAGCCCGCUGGAGCCGCGCUGCCCGCCUGUGUCACCCGCUCUGCCCGCCCGUCUCAUCCUCUCCGUCUCCCCCGCGGUUUCGGCAUGUCGUCGGGCGGCAGCCUGAGCACCAUGCAGCGGCUGGUGGAGCAGCUGAAGCUGGAGGCGGCCGUGGAGAGGAUCAAGGUCUCCCAGGCUGCUGCAGAACUCCAGCAGUACUGUAUGCAAAAUGCCUGCAAAGAUGCUUUGCUUGUUGGGGUUCCUGCUGGAAGCAAUCCCUUCCGAGAGCCCCGAUCCUGUGCUCUGCUCUGAAAUCAGGGAAGGUCACUGGAGAAUUGCCUUCAAGCAUGACAUGAAUAACAACUGCCUUUCCUUCACAAGAAAAGUCUCUCUCUGUCUUUUAUGUGGCUAAAACAGUGUCCUAGAUAUUUGUCUGUGUAUUCUUGUUAAUUCGUAUUUCACUAUAUUUUAGUAAUGUACUUGAAGUUUUUUGAUGUAACUCUUGUUCUUUUCAUAAUCAUCACCACUGUUACUAUACUAUGCCAACUCUACAAAUAUUACUUGAGAAGUUUACAUUUUAGAAAUGAAAACCAUGAUUUUUUACCAAAUUACUUACUUUAAUCUUGAGAAACUGUAACACGAGAAUAAUAGCAAAAACUAUUCAUGGGGAUUUUUUUUCCAAAAUAAUCCAAAAGUGAAUAAUUAAAGUAUAAAGCUAAAUGCUGUUAGUGCUGAAGUAAUGCCCUCAGGGAGCAUUUUGCUUCCAUUAGCAAGACCUGGAACCAACUUUAGUUUUUUUUCAAGUGCAUCUCAGUGCAUAAAUGACACAUUUUAUGAACUCUUGAACACAACUUGUAGAAGAGGCUUGAUUCCUAAAGCWUGUUUCUUGCAAUGAUUCUAAUCUGUAAGCCUUCUAAUUUGUAUUAGUAACCGUACUGUUGUGGUGGAAUUUUCUUGAUGUAUUUAAAAUGUUACCAAACAGACACUAAGGAUCUGUGAACACCCAAAGAUAGUUGCAUGCAUCACUGUCAAGGUUUGCGAUACACAGAACUUACUAAAAUGUGCUYGGUCAAUUUGCCUUCACUUUUUUAAAGCACUUUUGCAAGAACAACUAACUUUUUUUAUAGUUUUUUAAUUUUUUUGUCUACUUUCUAUUGUUUGUACUAAUCUUUUAGAAGUUUGGAAAUAAAAUUCCUAUCCCUCUUGGCUUUGUA